CGAAGCAAACAGCAAUAAUCGUGAAGACCGUGAAGACCAUUCUGUUUAUCAUAUUUGGUACCCCUAUUGAAAUAAUUGUGUGACAGUUGUGUUCGGUUGUGUUUAUGUACUGUCGACGAGUAAUGGGAAUGGUCCAGGCAUAUAUUUUCGUUAUAUUAUGGCGACAAAUAAAAGGGAUGUAACGAGGCUGCCUCACCAUGCCGCUUUGGAAUUGUGUACGACAAGACCACAGUAUAGACAAGGCAGAAAACUUACAGCAGUUAAGGUGUAUACAGUAAACAGUGAAUCCCAGCAUCUUUUGGUGUGUGGAGUUCCUUCAUUGGGCCUUCAAGAUGAACUGAGGCGACUCUGUGCAAGGUUUGGCGAUGUCAAGUCAUUGGUGUUUGUUCCAAAUUAUGCAGAAGAAAAAUUCACAGAUGUUUACCAUGUUCAGUACUCCAGGAUCCAGUCAGCCAGGUAUGCAAAACGUAAUCUGGAUGACAGAGCCUUUUAUGGUGGCAUUCUGUCUGUUUGCUACGCACCUGAGAUGGAAUCUGUGGCAGAAACCCGAGCAAAAUUGGUGCAGAGGAGGAAAGAUAUAGCAAUAAGGACACGGGGAGAAGUUGCUUCUUGGACUCUGCAGGGUAAGGGUGAGGGCAUCUUCCAACAGCAGCAAUAUCACUGCCGGAAAAAACAUUCUGCCCUGCCCAUUACUGGUGAGAGUGUUGCUCAGGCUGGUAGUGCCAUUGAAGGAAGCUGCAUAUGGCAGGGAGUCCCUUGCAGUGUAGAUCCUCGGAAAAUUGAACCGGCACCUGAGUUGCUUGAGCCCACCAGAGUGUAUGGUCCACAAAGAGCAGAUGAUUAUUGGGCCCUAGCUGGUGUGAGGGAGCGAAGAAUUGUAUCAGAAUGUAGCAGAACCAGACACACACCAACUGCGACCUCUAGUUUGGUGCCUCCAAACAAUCUCUCUUCAGUUUUGAGGUUCAUCCCACGACAAGUGAGCAGAAAGAGUCAGAUAGUGUUUCACAGCACGGCAAGUAGUGGAGGACGAGUGACAGAUGAUAAAACUCCAUUACUAAAGAGAUCUUUGAAACGUAUGGAGUCCAGUGAUGUUUCAAUAGAUGCUAGCAUAGUGGAAAUUCAUAAGAAAAUAAGAAUGGACAGUGUGCCCAGUGUGCAGUUAACCAACAGGGAAGAUCCCCUAGCAGCAAAAUGAUGAAGACUAAGCUGAAAUUACCGGAAACAAAUGAUUUGUACAGAAAAUUUAAUUAUGUAAUUCAUAGCAUCAUGAGGUUAUGGUUCCUCCAGAUUACACUGUAACUUCACAUAAUACUUCAGCUGAACCAAACGUUUUUACACA